GCCUGGCCUGCGGGCGGCUCCCCCGGCGCGCACUCCCGGAAACACAGCAGCGCCAGCGGACAGAACCCCGAGCAGCGUCGCCGCCGCCGCCCACCGCCCACCGCCACCCUCGGUCAUGCCGAAGUACGAGUUCUUUGUAGAAAUGACUUGUGAAGGCUGUUCUAACGCUGUCGCUCGGGUCCUCAACAAGCUGGGAGGAGUUGAGUUUGAGAUCGACCUGCCCAACAAGAAGGUUUUCAUCGAAUCUGAGCACAGCGUGGACACUCUGCUGGAGACGCUGAAGAAAACAGGGAAGACUGUUACCUACAUCGGCCCCAAAGAGUGAGGGCCUGGGCCCCCAGCCCACAGGAUGGACCAGAGUGGGCAGGACCCCGAUCCUCUCCUGCCUUCCAGACAGAUCUGGAACCUGGCAAUCCUGCCCCUCGUUGGGAGUUCCUGCGGAGACCCUCACUUGCUCUGCUCCUCCCUAGCUUCCCUGCAAUAAAGUCAAACUGCUUUUGUUGA